AUGUCCGUGUCUGCGUCCAGUGGCGCCACUUCAAUUGGAGCACCAAUUGGACUGCGAACCGGCACCAGCGUUGCCAAUCUGGCAAAGAUUGUGAACAUUAUCGAGUCGAAUGUGCGGGCAGAUGACCGCGACGAGGAGCAGCAGCAGCUUGAGGCCUCCAAAGGCGCCGCCAGCAGCGGCAGCAGCAGCAGCGUUCGCCUGGCCAGCAGCAGUGCGCCCCGUAGGAGCACCUGUUCGUACGUGCCCAAGUCGCCGCAGCUGGAGGAGAUUGUGUUUGCGAAGCCCACCUGCAUGGAGCGCUUUGCCCGCUACUUUGUCAUUGUCAUCUAUCUGUGCGGACUGUGCUGCCUGGGCUUCUUUCUGUCCAUCUAUCACAUCUUCUUUUGGGACUCGCGCAUGCCGCCCGUCUUCAAGGGGCAGAAGAAGCCCGCCUUUGGCUAG